CUCAGGUCUCCGGUCUUUCUUCCCGUACCUCUAACUUUGGACUAAUAACAUGUGGAACCUCUGCUUGGCUGCGGUUCUGUUGGGUCUGGCCGUUGUUAGCUGGGCGGAUACCCUGGUGCAGCUCCAUGUGAAUCGUCCUUAUAACGAUGUGAACGAGAAAUUCGUAAGUUUUGCCGUCCGGCCGGAGGAUCUGUACGAUGCUUUGGAUGGUAAGAAUCGCAAGGCGGUGAUCAGUUUGGCAAAUCUUCUGGGAGAUGCGCACAUCAAGUUCGUGGGCGAUUUCUACUUUGCCAGUAAUGCCCCGACUAGACUGCGAAACCCCACCAAGAUCGUCUGGAAGGGCUUCAAUCGAUGGACGAGGGCCGUAAACUGGACCAUGAUCAUUCCGGUGCCAUAUGCUCCAGAUGAGUGGGACUCCAUGCACACGCUCAAGAUCCUGAACACCUCCUACAUGGUGGGCAUCACCGACUGCAUUUGGCAGCUGGGUACCGAUUUUGGCACUUCGAGGGCCAAGGAUUACGUCCAGGAACUGCGAACCCUCAAACUGAUGACGGAUACUUUCAAACCAUACGUAGACGAUUGGCGACUCAUGGGGGCGGACAUCUCGGCGGGAAGCAGUGCGGAUGAAACCAAGAGAUACGUGGAUAUGUCCAAGGAUCUGAAUACAGCCUUUGGGUGGACUCAGCCCGCAAACAUGUUGCCCAAGUCGAGUUUGGGUAGUUACCUGUACGACAGCGAUCCCGCCCUCCGAAUCCUCCAGCAACAGCGGGUUCCGCUGUGGCUUACUCUGCCCGAGGAGCGAUCCUCGCAGAGAUUGGUGGGCGACGAGACCACGGAUGCCCUGCGAUGGGCCCAAACGAUGGGCGAUGCGGCCACCAGUGGAUUCGAUGUGAUCUUCAAGCGCAUGACCCUGCUGGACUUCGAGCGACCCAACUUCAGUCUGUAUGUGACUGCCCUGUUCAAGAAGGUCAUGGGAUCGAGGGUGUUCCCAGCCCGACCACUGAAUGUCUUUGCGCCGAGCAAUAAGCUGUAUACCCAUUGUGCGAGUGCCGUGUCCGGAGGACUGGCUUUUAUGGUGGUCAACACGGAGGAAGAGCCCACUACAAUCACGGUGAAGAGUACCAGUCGCUUGAGCAGCAGCGAGAUUUGGCAGUAUGUGCUGACUGGUCUGGACCAAAAGGUACAGCUCAACAAUGUCCGUCUGCACCUGAACACCACUUUGCGGCCCUUGAUCAAGCCAAUUGAUCCAACCAAGCCCCUGCAGUUGAUCACGCCCAGCAUGUCGGUGGGCUUCUGGGUGUUACCCGACGUCAACCUGGAACACUGCCAGUUCACGGAAAUCGAGGCGGGCGAUUCGAGUGGGGAGUCCUCCAAGGAGAAGCGCCGUUCAUCCCGCUACAGCUCAGCUGAUCGAUUGCUCCAGCGUUUGAUCGAGGAAACUGCCGUGGCCCGGGGUUCAGUGCAGAGUUCCAUCAAUCGCAACCGACGCUUUGUCGUUGAUAAGGAGGAAACCCCAGUCACCCUGCUGGAUCGUCUGCUGCAGCACUUCAAGGACGACAGUCCGUCGAAGAGAGAUGUGGAUGAUGGCAAGGACAAGUCGGGGAAGCCCCAUAAGGCGCUGGCCUGGUUGUACCAGGUCCUCGAGCAAUCCCGCGAUUUGGGCAAAAAGCGGGCCAGACGUAGCACCUCCAGCUACUCGGGACCCUUCUUCUACAACCGUCAGGGUAAGAAAUCGGCACUGACCAAGAAGAUCACGGAAAUCCGCAAGCCCGAAAAGAAGAACAAGCCCCUCUUCGACUUUGACGAGUUCGAUGAGGAGAAGUUCUUCAAGCGCAUUGGGGAGAAAUCGGAGGAAACUCCCACUUACUCACGGCUCCCGGAAGGGGAUGUCCAUCUCAAGAACAUAGAGAGUGUGGAUGGCGAGGAAAAUGAGCAGGAAGUCGAGCAAGAAGUCCCCAAGAGGCGUCGAAUCAAGCCCAAGAACCAGCUGAAGAUCAUCCCACGAGCUGAGGAGGAUGAAAACGAACCGGAGCAGGAGCAGGAGCCAGAGCAGUCAGUGGGUCGCGCCAAGUUGCGGCUAUUGCCCACGGAAUUCUUUGAGGCACUACCGGCUCCCAAGCCGAACAAGCGAUUGAAUCUGGGGGCCACUCUGAACUCCCUGCUCUUUCCAGAACCCUUCUCCAGCAAGGCCACCAUGGCCAAGGGUGCUCCAAGCAAGCCCAAGCCUGUUGAGGAACCCGAAGAGGACGUGGAACCCGUGCCAAGUGCCCGGAGACGCCACUCUAGGAUUGGACAUGUGGCCAACGAUUUUCUGCAGGCACAAAAAGAGCUGGGAAAGCAUUUCCUCAGCCACAUAAGCGAGCAUGAGCACGAGUUCUCCCUAGGCGACGAGGCCGUGCAGGAGAGUUCCCUGGAGUCGGGAAAGAAAUCCCUUUUUGGAGUCAAGAAAGCAGCCCCAGCCUUGCAUAAGACACUUCCAGAGAAGGUGGAUGAAGGUAUAACCUCUUGGUGGGAUGUGCCUGCAAUGCGCAGGCGUCGUGCCGUACUGCCCAGCAAUUCCCUAGAAGAGCUCCGCUCCAAUGGCAUUGACAAAGCGGAUCGCGAGGAGAUGCUGCCCCUGGGAAGGUACACCUUCUACGAGUACAAGGUGGAUCAGAGUCCAGAGAAGGAAGCCAGCCAACCCAAAGAGGAGAAGGAGUCCAAGAUCAUGAAGAUCAGCAAGACGUCUGGCAAGGAUCGCAGUCUCACUGCCAUCUCCGAGAGCCUCGUAAGCACUGUCAAAUCAAAGGUCUCCCGCUUCAUCAACAUCAUCUCCAACCACAUGAACGAGUGGUACAACACCUUAACCAAGCACCUGGAUACGGAAACCGAACCCCAAAAGCCCCGCAGACAAAACACCAUCGAGAAAUAGACCCAUUUAUCAUACGACAUUUAAAUAACUCAUGUAAACUAUCACCAUGUAAAUAUGUAUCUAUUAUUAAAUGCAUUUAAUGGAAUUUUAUUUGUGCGAUAACUCUCUGACAAUUAUCUCUUUCAA